UGAUAAAAUCUGUUAAACUGCUAAAUAAACAUUUGAAUAUUAAUUUCAAUCAACCAAGUAAAAUCAAAAUUAUGUUUUGUAAAUUAUGAAUUGAUAAUGAAAAUAUUUAAUAUGUCUCUUUGGUGCAGAUUAAUUGGGAACUGGAGUUUUACUGGGCAAUGUCGUCUUAGUUCCACUCUCAAGUAUGCACUAGAAUGUAAAAACAAUGCCUCUACUAAACAUGAACUUCCGUGCCAAGAAAAGGAGAGGAAAUCUGUGUGUCCACCAGAACUGCGCUGCGAUGGACCUCAGCAGACCCAAAACGGAGGCCACAGUUACAAAACCUACAAGGCGAUUGCUCUGUUUGUGUGUUUACCUGCAAUAUUGGUAACUACCGUUGUGCAGUACAAGAGUGCUGUUGCUAAGAAAACCGAGUGUGAGGAACAGCUUGAGUUUAUUCCCUACGAUCAUUUGAGAAUCCGUACAAAGAAAUUUCCCUGGGGCGACGGUAACCAUUCUUUCUUCCAUAAUGCUCAUGUCAAUCCAUUACCAGAUGGGUAUGAGGAGAAUGAAAAUGAAGAUGAUGACUAAGCAGUAGGCCCUACACACAAGAUUAAUGAUAAUUGUCAUUCAUGUCCAAUCAAAGUCGAAUAAAUUACAACUCUAAUA